UUUCAUUGCUCUUCACUUUUCUUCUUCUCUUAUCUCCUUUUCCUUGUUUCUCUCCCAUUGAGGACAGAAGAAAUGCCUGCGGUUGUGAUUAGCAGCGGAGGGGGCAAAGAGUACCCGGGGAACCUCACUCCCUUCGUGACGGUAACAUGUAUAGUGGCAGCCAUGGGUGGCUUGAUCUUCGGUUACGACAUCGGAAUUUCUGGUGGGGUGACGUCCAUGGAUCCGUUUCUGGAGAAGUUUUUCCCGGCGGUGUACCGGAAGAAGAACCUGGACAAAACGGCGAACCAGUACUGUCAAUACGACAGCCAGACACUGACGAUGUUUACCUCCUCGCUGUACCUGGCCGCGUUGCUCUCGUCGUUGGUUGCAUCCACCAUCACGCGUAGGUUCGGUAGAAAGCUCUCCAUGCUUUUCGGAGGCCUGCUUUUCCUCGUCGGUGCUCUCAUCAACGGCUUCGCUCAACACGUUUGGAUGCUCAUUGUCGGUCGGAUCUUGCUCGGCUUCGGAAUUGGAUUCGCCAAUCAGUCUGUGCCACUCUACCUCUCUGAAAUGGCUCCAUACAAAUACAGAGGAGCACUGAACAUUGGGUUUCAAUUGUCGAUCACAGUUGGUAUCCUCGUGGCCAACGUGUUGAACUACUUCUUCGCCAAGAUCAAAGGUGGUUGGGGAUGGAGGUUGAGUUUGGGUGGUGCUAUGGUUCCUGCCCUCAUUAUCACAGUUGGAUCACUAGUCCUUCCUGACACCCCCAAUUCCAUGAUCGAAAGGGGUGAUCGUGAAAAGGCCAAGGCUCAGCUCCAGAGAGUUCGUGGUGUGGAUGAUGUUGAUGAAGAGUUCAAUGACCUUGUGGCUGCUAGUGAAGCUUCCAGCUUGGUGGAGCACCCUUGGAGGAACUUGUUGCAAAGAAAAUACAGACCCCACCUUACUAUGGCUGUGUUGAUUCCAUUCUUCCAACAACUCACUGGAAUCAAUGUGAUCAUGUUUUAUGCACCUGUGCUGUUUAGUUCCAUUGGAUUUAAGGAUGAUUCUGCUCUAAUGUCAGCCGUGAUCACUGGCGUUGUUAACGUGAUUGCUACUUGUGUCUCAAUUUAUGGUGUUGAUAAGUGGGGUAGGAGAGCCCUUUUCCUUGAAGGUGGAGUUCAGAUGCUCAUAUGCCAGGCUAUAGUGGCAGCUGCUAUUGGAGCCAAGUUUGGAAUUGAUGGAAACCCUGGUGAAUUGCCAAAGUGGUAUGCUAUUGUUGUGGUUCUUUUCAUCUGUAUUUACGUGGCAGCAUUUGCGUGGUCUUGGGGACCUCUUGGUUGGUUGGUGCCUAGUGAGAUCUUUCCAUUGGAGAUUCGUUCCGCUGCUCAAAGUAUCAACGUGUCAGUGAAUAUGCUCUUCACUUUCAUGAUUGCGCAAGUCUUCUUGCAAAUGCUUUGCCACAUGAAGUUUGGACUGUUCAUCUUCUUUGCCUUCUUUGUGUUGGUCAUGUCAUUCUUCAUUUACUUCUUUUUGCCUGAAACCAAGGGCAUUCCAAUUGAAGAGAUGAGUAAGGUGUGGAAGGCACAUCCAUUCUGGACCAGAUUUGUUGAACAUGAAGAUUAUGGCAAUGGAGUUGAGAUGAGGGGAGCCAGUAAAGUGUAGUUGGUCCUUCUUUUUCUUUUUUCGCUAAAUAAGUAGCACUUUUUUUUUUAUAUAUAUAUAUUUUUUUUUGGAUACAUCAUACUAUUGAUGUUCGAGUCCGUUUCAGUACAUUAAAUUGUUCUUACAAAUGAAAGGUUUUUUUUUUUUUAA